CAACGCGAGAGAGGCGCUUUGACGGGGCCGCAGAGCGCUUGCCGGCACCGCAUCGCUCGCGACCGACCGACGGACCAUAAGUCGAUUCCAGAGCGAUCGGCACCGCAGCGCCCGCCGGCGACGGGGCAGCCUCGACACCAUGUCUCUCCCAGGGACCCAAGCUCCACCAAAGAACAAGGCGACCUUCAAGCCGCCGCGCGCGUUAUUAGGCGGCCGGAAGGCGAGGACGCUGCCGCCGCCGCCGGAAAAGGUGUCCUGGAAUGGACUGGAGCGGCAGCCGGUGCGCCCGGCGCCGGCACGCACGAAGGACGUGUUUUCAAAGCCAGUGGACGCGACGGACCCGGCUCAAUUAAAGCGUCUCGGGGUCUACGACUACCGGACGAGCGCCCUGGCAAUGAGUCUGAACCACACGGACGUCACGCCUACUGUUACCAUCGACAAAAUCACGAAGCGGGGCCUGCCCCAGCGCAAGCACUUGAACGACGAGCACCAGGCCGCAGCCAAAGCUUUGAAAGUUGUAGACAAGUAUUCAGACCGGCCGAUGCUCUGGGACGAGCGCGUGAGUGCCCAAAAGCAGGACUGGCGGCCCACGCGCCCAAACUUGCAAUUGCGGAAGGACGCGCAGAAGAAGGAAACAUUGACCUAUGUCCACGACGACCGCCGCGAAGCCGUCAAGGAUAUCCGAGGUUCAAUAGUGAAGACCGGGUGGCGCCGGACGAAGGAACGAUUAGAUAAGGAAGAGGCCCAUGAAAAGUUCUUGGAGAAGGAGGAGGUGAAGUGGGCGCGACUCGCACAGCGGGCCUUCCACCGCAAGGUGCCCGCCGAAAAGGUCGGGAAUAGGACCGAAGUAGGCUGGUGGCCGCACAUGAAACAGGACAGGGACCACACUACUUCGGUAAAGAGACGGAUAAAGAAGCAGGCCAAGCCGGCCGUCGUCAAGGCCAACGUAAAAUACGACGCCUGGACGGACCCCGCGCUCAAGGCGCUGCUCGGCAAGGCCGAGCGGUGCCAGACGCUGAUGGUGGACGGUCUGCCCGACCGGGACGUGUGUCGAAGCAUGGACACGCUGAAGCGGCUGUGGACGAAGGGGCUGGACAAGGAGCCCUACACGCCUCGCGGCGUGACGAAGCCGCCAUUGGACAUUCCGAAGUUCGCCAUGGGGCGUUCUGGAGGCGAGUGGGCCGCGUUCGAGGAUGAAUAUAGGAGGGACCUCGUGCGGCGGUACGCCGUGGCGGCUGAGCGAGACCACGCGGCGGCGCCAUUGGGGCAGCGAUAGCAUAAACAUUCAAGUUACAAACAUAAGUGGGGCGCUCGACAGCGUG